UACCAGAACCCAUACUCGAAACCCUCCGUAAACCCUAAACCGGGAGAAACCUGGGAGCUUCGUCUGCCUCCCCCAUGGCUUUGGUCUCCGGCCUUCGAUCCCUAAACCGUAUCUCGCUCUCUUCUAUGCGAUCAUUCGUCCCCAAAUCCAAGGGAACGACGCCGUCCCCUUCCUCUGCCGCUGCAGGUGCCCGAAUCGCCGCCACCAGAACCGCCGCCUCCUCCUCCCCUUCUCCAACUCGCCGUUUCCCAUCGUUCUCGAGGUCUCCGGUGGAACUGGGAUGCUUGAAUGGGUCACUCUUCCCCCUUCACAGUGCAGUGGCGGCGGCGAGGCUGACGUCGUGCCUGAGCUUGACGUCUAGGAGCUGCCGUGCUCUCUCACAGGAUGGAAUUGAUGGUACGUGAAACAUGAUUCAUCCUUUUGGAGUUGAAGAUGGGAACGGCUGAUCUGCAAACAUUUUUUUCCUUGUUAUAAGAAUAGGGAAAUUGCUUUGAUAAUCCUGAAGAGUGAUAAUCCUGAAGAUAGUUUAUAAACAUUUCGCUGCUUUUGGAAUAUAACAGUGCAAUUCAUGUUGAAUUCAACGAUGAACCUUGUAAUAUAAUUUCGAUUAUGUGGAAACUGAUUUAUUUAGGAUAAAAAUACCGAUAUAUUAUUAUUUUAGGUAAUAAAUUGAUGUAUUAGAGUCAACUCUUGACUAGACCCCAAAUUUAGCUUUUCUUUUUUCUAAUGUGAGUGAUGUAUUCAUUAUAUAGAGAUUGGUCUCUUUGUUCCAAGGUGACACUAUAAGCAUGGUACCAUCCUGGACAUGGAAGAAUUCCUAGUACCCUUCUUUAGUA